CUACUAUUACUAUACUUUUCUCCAUCUUUGUUUCUUUUUUUUUUUUCGUGUAAAACCCUUCAUUGAAUCUUAUUUCUUUAACAAACUAAUUAAUUAUAAUGUCGUCACUUAGUGUGGAAACAGAAACAAGUGACACAAGUGUUACUAGCUUAUUGCAGAGUCAGACUGAUUCAUCCUUGUCUCGUACUACUACUAAAACUACUACUAAUGUUAAUAAUAAUAAUAAUAAUAAUAAUAAUAAUAAUAAUACUAAUUAUAAUAACACCAGUACGAGAACCAUGGAAGGGAUGAUCUGGAAAGACAUAGUUACAGAAAAUGAUUUAUUAGAUUCCUCAUCUGUCUCAGGCGACACCCGCCAACACAGUCGCAGCAUCACAAACCGAAUGUUGUCAGAUGAUGAUGAUUAUGACAUUCGAGCAAAUAAUGCUAGAAUGGAGGCACACAUGAAUUACUUGGAGGUUAAAGUUGGUGUAUUGGCUGAACAGAAUAAAAGGCUUCGACUAAUGACAGCAGAGAUGGACAGUGUUGGAGAGACUCAUGCUGAUCAACAAGAUGCCUAAGUGUACAUGAUGAUCAGUGUCCAAUAUAAGAAUAUAAAUAUAUAUAUAUGAUCAAAGUGUGUGUACUAAGUCUAUUGAAUUAAGUGUAUUUUUAUGCUAUUUCCUAAUUAUAGAGAGGCUGGAGCUAGCACUUAAUAUAUAUGGGCCUCCUUUGCUUUGUUUGUUAAAUGUAAUUAGUUAUGGUUGUUAUGUAGUCUACUGUAGUAAUAGACUAAUAGUCAAGUGUGUGUGGUAGUUAAGACUGUUAUUUGGGUUGUAUAAAAACAUAACCACCACUUUAUCUUUGUCUGUAACCUAUCAGUGUGGUGGUUAAGAUUAUAAUUUGAGCAACUUAAUAGUCAAGUGUGGUAAUUAAGACUGUUAUAUUGAUCAGUUUUAUCUCU